CUACGGAGAUAGCAACAACCAAAAUUCACAAAGAACAUCGGAGUUGCUGAUUGCUUUUGUGAAUUUUUGCUGUCGCUACUCUCCGUGGGAUUUCUAUUGCUUUGUGAAUUUUUGCUGUCGCUACUCUCCGUACGAUUUCUUGUUUCACAAAGCCCGCUGCUCUUCUUGGAGCCUGCUGCAGUCGCGAACUCCCCGCUUCAGUGAGGUCGAAGUCUCGAAGAUGGCUGCUGUGGCAGGUGCGUCCGCGUCCUCGUCGGCUGUGAAGGCCGUGGCGGCGGCCAUUGCACCGGCCAACAAUCCUUCCUCUCAUAAUAAGGCCGGAGGAAGCUGCGUGUCCUUCCCAGGCACUUGCGGCGGAGGACAUUCUCUGUGCCACCGCUCGAGAUCCCAGAGCUGUUCCAGAUGGUCUUUCGCUGUCCGCGCCGCCACGACCUUAACUAAUAACUUCAAGACCUUGAGCCAUAUGGGAGAUCGCAGCCUUGUGAAGGUGAAGUCGGCAGAGGAGAAAUCGAUUGGAGGGAUCUUGCACCCAACGUCGGGACAGUGGAAACCUACCGGCGGCGAGGUUGUUGCGGUCGCAGAUGGCCGGCUACCGGUCGUAGGCGACAAGAAAGUGGGCGGCAGUAUCGAUCGCGGAAGGAAUGUGGUGGUUGCAAAGUACGCGGGCAGCCAGUUAGGAAUCAACGGCCAGGAUCAUGUCCUCGUCAGGAAGGACGAGGCUGCUGUCGGCGCGAUGGUCUCCGAUGACGUCAACGAAAUGAAGCCCCUCGGGGAUAGGGUUUUGAUCAGGCUUGCGGAGGCUGAAGAGAAGACAGCUGGCGGAGUGUUGCUGACGGAAAGCACCAAGGAGAAGCCGUCCAUUGGAACGGUUGUUGCUGUUGGCUCGGGUCAGAUUGCUGAGGACGGCAGCCGAAGACCUCUUGAUGUUGCCGUUGGUGAUAAUGUGAUGUACUCGAAGUAUGCUGGUCAAGAGUACAAGAGUGCUGAUGGCACGCAGUAUGUAGUUGUCCGAGCCAGUGACAUCAUGGCGUUAAUGUCCUGAGGCUUUGGGUCGCCCGCAGUUUUUUUUUCCUUUUUGUGUUUUGUCGAGUUCUGUCCGAGCAUCCUUUUCCUCUCUUCCUUUCUGUCGAUGAUGAAUGAUCAAUCAACGAAGCUCUCUUGCGGCUGUAAUGUAGCAUUGGGGGAGGCGAUUUUGUUGGUCGUUGUUGGGCCGCAGGCUUCCUCCGUCAGGAGUUCUAAAUGUACCACCUGUCAUGGUUGGCGAUCAACCAUUCUUUUUUUUUUUUUUUUUUUUUUUUUUCCAACCAUUCUUCUGUCCGGACGUGUAGUUGUCAUUAAGGAAGCUGAUUUGGAGUUCCAGUUUGUUGAAUGCCAGCAGGCGGAGUAUUUUGUAUAUGACAACGAGAUUGAGAAAAAUAGACCGUUGCUUUGUUGUGGGGAAAAAAAAAGAAUAAACAAAUAAAAAUCACAAAG